UAGGUAAAGGAAAGCGCGUUCCCGCCGGCAGCUGUGUUGCUCUACUGUGUGGAGAGCGCAUCUUGUGUUCAGUAUAUUUCCAUAAUUCAGACCCAACAGACACCUGCAAAAUGUCCGAAGACAAGCCAAAGGAGGGAGUGAAAACAGAGAAUGACCACAUCAAUCUGAAGGUGGCCGGGCAGGAUGGGUCAGUGGUCCAGUUCAAAAUUAAAAGGCAUACGCCACUCAGCAAAUUAAUGAAAGCAUACUGUGAGAGACAGGGUUUGUCAAUAAGACAGAUUAGAUUUAGAUUUGACGGGCAACCAAUUAAUGAGACAGACACACCGGCACAGUUGGAGAUGGAGGACGAGGACACGAUCGACGUAUUUCAGCAACAAACUGGCGGCUCCUGCUAAAACUCCACACCACCCGGACCCCACGCUUAUCUAUUUUAUUCCUCAUGAUGUUUCAUUCAGAUGCUUUCACAUUGUUUCCCCUUCUCUUUCUCUCUUUGUCUCUCUUCUGCCAUCUCUAGCUUUCCUAGAGUGCGGCAUCACAAACGUUUUUCCAGUAUUUAUAUACGCAAUGGUUAGACAGCUACUGUGGUGGGGGGAGCAAGCUCGAGAAGGCUGCCAGAGGGCGCAGUUCUUCCAAUCGUCCACAGGUCCCUCUAGCCACUUCUGCAGGGUUUUAUGUUGCUCAGAACGCAGAUUCACUCGACAAACCCCCUGACCGAUCACAGCAGGGAACCGCUCCAUAGUGUAUUCGCCCUAUUAAAAGUGAAGAAGCGUAGGUUUUGUUUUCUUUUCUUCGUCUUUCAAUUCUUAAGAGCUUUAAGUAGGCCUGUUUCAACUCGGAUUGUAUUUGCCUGUGUGUUGUAGAAAUAUGUUCGACCAGUGUAGUAUUCAUUUGCCUUUUUAAUGGGGCCGCUUCUCGUAUGAGCUCACGGUAGGGGGCGGGAUCUAUGGAUCAUCUUGUUGGUCGUUUAUAAAUGAAGAGAUGGAAUACGUGACACAAUUUACAGUGACCCUUUCUGGACCAAACCCCAAAGAAUGGUACUCGAUUAGCUGAUAAAGGCAGGAUUACACCAACUAGUUCUAAGUUUAUACUUUUAAAUGUCUGUAGAAAUCUAUCCAUUUAAAAAUUUCCAUUUCCUCGUAAAUGUUGGUUGAGGAGAGUGGAAUGACUUAAAUGGACCAAUACAUCUCUUUUUCCUUUACUUUUUUUUUUUUCUUUCCCCACUUUUUUUAAAUCCCAAAUCUACAACCAGGUCUUGAAUCAAAUCAAAAGGGAAUCCUUUCAGGCUUUGUUGCAGAGGUGUAUCUAUCAUCGCUCACAAGGACUGGUCUGAUCUAUUUUAACAUCUCUAGCCCUCCCACUGUAAUUCAUACGGCUGAAAGGGAGAGAGGGUUUUAAGGGUCGACGUUGGUAUCCUUCUGUAUUGACAUGUACAUUUUUUUUGUCCUUUACUACUGUAAACAAUAAAUAUAGUUUGGUACUUUUUUUUUUUUUUUUGCUGAGGCUUUUUCCAUGUCCACAGAGUAAUUGUUUAACAGCAUGUCUUUUCAAAUACAAAGCAUUGUAGAAAAGCACAAUGAUGCAUCCUUUAGCAAUAUGUCAGAAGUCUCUUUAUACACACUUAUUACAUGUAUAAACAUAUAAAACAUGAGAUGAAGUGUCAAAGAUUAAAUAUAAAAUAUAAAUAAAUUCUGGAGUGUCACAACGGCACUUUGUUUGUCA